AGGACAUGCUUAUCCACUCAACACAAAAACUAUAAACGUUGAAGAAGAAAGAAAAAAAAAAAAAAAGGAAAGAAGAAAGGUUGAAGCUUGAAUAUUUCAGGUUGAGUUUACUAAGUUCGGACAGUUUGGAGAAACUGAGGAGAUCAGAAACAUGGAGAUGAAGAUAGUGUUGGUAGCAGCUCUAUCACUAGCUUUAAUGGCGGCUAUCUCUCGCCCCAACAUCUUUGGAGCUCCAAACAUAAAGGGUUCUAAAGACGUUCUUGGCAACUCCAAAGUUCUUAACCUCUCCUUGGCAGGAGCUCUCGCCGGAGAAAGUCUCGACUUUGAUCCCAACGGUGAAGGACCCUACACCGGCGUCGCCGACGGCCGGGUCCUCAAAUGGCAAAACGACUCUCAUGGCUGGACCGAAUUUGCCACCACCACAACUAACAGGUUGGGGUGCUAUAGACCAACACGACCCCGUUUAGAGGAAGUAUGUGGGAGGCCAUUGGGUAUAAUGUUCGAGCAGAAGAGUGGAGAUUUGUAUAUUGAUGAUUGUUAUUUAGGAUUGAUGGUGGCCGGACCUGAAGGAGGUUUAGCUGAACAAAUCUCCAUUGAAGCUGAUGGUCGCCUCAUUUUCUUCACCAACCACAUGGACAUUGACGAGGAAGAAGACAUAAUUUACUUCACAGACAGUAGCAUAUUUUACCAAAUCAGAACAUACAUGACGAUGAUCCUGUCGGGAGACAGGACGGGGAGGUUUCUGAAAUACGAAAAGAACACAAAAAACACGACAGUUUUAUUAACAGGUCUUGCGUUUCCAAACGGCGUCGCAUUGAGUAAAGACAAGUCAUUUGUGUUGGUAGCUGAACCCACCCGGUUCAGGAUUUUAAGGUACUGGCUUAGUGGACCCAAAGCCGGAUCGUCGGAAGUGUUCGCCGAAACUCCCGGCGCCGUCGACAACAUUCGGAGAAACGAAAAGGGCGAAUUCUGGUGCGCCAUGUACACGAAAAAAACCUUCUUUUCCUACUUUGGGUUUACUUAUCCAUGGUUCGGGAAAGCAAUUUUGAAGCUUUUCACUUUCGAUCAGCUGAACACGCUGCUUCUGGGAGGGAAACCCUAUUAUGGGAUUGUGAUUAAGCUGAGCGAAAAUGGCGAGCUUCUUGAAGUUUUGGAAGAUUCUAAGGGGAAGAAAGUGACGUUUAUAAGUGAAGCGAGGGAGAGAGAUGGGAAACUUUGGCUUGGAUCUAUAGCCACACCUCAUAUUGGUGUUUAUGAUCUGAGCCAAUUACGUUGAUAGAUUCCUAGAUUGUAUAAAUGUUUUUGCUUUCCGAUUUUCUUCUCGUUGCAGUUUCUGAUGUUGUAUGGGGUUUAUGUUCUCGAGUGUGUAUAUGCAUGCAUUCGUUUGUUAAUGGCAUUGAAUGCAAAAUAAAGUUUCUUAAUUAUGUUUUGAAAUAUGAUUAUAUGAUUAA